AUGACCUCAACCCACGUCGCUAUCAUAGGAGCCGGCCUCUCAGGCCUCGCCUUAGCCCUAUCUUUGCACAAACAAAAUAUCCCAAGCAAAAUCUACGAAUCAAGAUCCGCAUCCCUAGAUAUCGGCGGCGCCUUAAUGCUCUCACCAAACGCCCUUCGAAUCCUCGACAACAUAGGAAUCUACAAAAACAUAAGAAACCGCGGCUACGAUUUCAAGAAUCUUUAUUUCCGCACCUCAGUCCCACUAGACUCCUACGAAUUCGGAAGCGAAGAAAAAUACGGCUAUGACGCCCUCCGAAUCUACCGCCACGAACUAAUCGAUGCCCUACUCGCUGCAACAAAAGAAGCCGGCAUAGAAAUCAACUACGGCAAGAAAUUCAUCCAAAUUCUCACCGAGACAGAAAACGACGUCACCUGGAAAUUCGAAGACGGAUCCACCGCCACGGCGGCAUGUCUCGUUGGUGCUGAUGGUAUCCAUUCCCGGGUCCGGAAAUAUCUCUAUCCAGAGCUUGAACCGAUGUUCACUAAUGCCGUCGGUGUGAACGCCGCCGUACCAACAUCCCAGUUGAAUCUCCCGCCGGGAUUCGAUCUCCCGGUUACAAUUAUGAACCCGAAGCACGGGGCUUUUGUAAUCGCACUACAACUCGCCGAUGGAUCAGAAGCCUUCAUCGGAAAACCGAAACGGGCACCGCAACUCGAUCGUGAGGGGUGGAAUGCCUUGCUUAAUGAUAAGCAAUGGUGCAUCGAUUUUCUCCGACAGGGCGCAGAGGAUUUCCCACAAGUCGUUCAAGAUGCCGUCUCGAAUAUCCCGCUUGAUAAGAUUAAUCUGUGGCCAUUCUAUGUUGUCCCGAAAUUGGAGAGCUGGACUUCAAAGUACUCUCGUGUUGUGAUUCUUGGUGAUGCUGCGCAUGCUAUUCCGCCUACGGCGGGUCAGGGGAUUAAUCAGGCUUUUGAGGAUGUUUAUACUUUUGCUGUUAUACUUGCACGGUGUCAGUCUCAUGAGUUGGAGCGUGGGUUGAAGAUUUGGCAGGGUGGGAGGCAGGAGCGUGUUGAUCGGAUUUUGGAGCUUAAUGCUCAGAUUGAUGCAAGGAGGAUGCCUAGGAUUCCUGGGGCUGGACCGGCGGAGAUUGAGAGUGCGCCGUUUGAUUUAGAGUGGCUUUAUAGUCCUGAUUUUGAUGUGAUGGCGGAGAAAUGGCUUGAAGAGGCUGCUGGGGUUUGA